AUGUUUUAAUCAUAAAUAAUAGAAUUUGAAAAAUAUUAGAAUUGUAAAAAGCAUAACCAACCAAUACAAUUUGUUGUAUUCAACAAUAAUUUAAAGAGGGAGGAAUAUCUUUUGUGUAAUAUUUGUAGGUAAGAUUUUGAAGGAGAGAGAGUAUUUGAAUUACAAAUGAUAGUUAAGAUGAUUGAAGAUAAUUUAAAGAUUAAAGUAGAGAAUAUCGAAAGGUUGAUAAAAGUUGAUUUAGAUUUAACUCAAUAGCUCUUGGAGGAACUUAGGAUGAUAAAAUAAAAGCUUAAUUCUUAAUUGGAUGAAUUGAUAUCUAAUACUGUAGAUUGGAACAAAAAUCUCAAUGUAUGGGCAAAGAAUUUAUAAUUUCAAUUCUUAGAUGAAUUAGAAAUAGUAAAAGAAUAAAUUAAUACAUCCAAACAAAAUAUAUUCGAUUCAGAAUAAUUGAUUAAUUCAAUUACGAAACUUAAUAAUUCACAUAUUAUUAAAAAUAACACAAAAUUAACUACACUUAAAAACUUAGACAUGUAUGUAUAAUGUGAAUAAAUUUUAUAAAAUUUGGAUUUUGCCCAUCAUAUUAAAUCGAUUGAUAAUUAAAUAAAAUAAUUAGAUUCAUGCUAUGCAAUCUCAUUUAAUUAAUCAGGAUCACUUAUGAUUUCAGCAUCUAAUUAGUAUAUAAAAGUAUGGGAUUUUGUACAAGGAAAAAUGAAAGAAAUUACAACACUUGAUGGACAUGUUAAAACAAUCCAUUUUCUAUUAUUUAGUAAGAAAAGUAAUAGUUUUUUAUCAGCUGGUUCUGAUAAUACAAUUCGAUGUUGGAAAGAGAUAUAUGAAAAAUAAUGGAAGAGUUCUUAACCAUAUUAGAAGCAUACAUAAAGUGUAGACUGUUUAAUAUUAAAUGAACCUGAAAACUAGUUUGUUUCUGGUGGAAGUGAUUGUUCGAUUAAAAUUUGGUAAAUUGAUUUAAUUAGAAAUUAAUUAACUCAUCUUUAUUCAUUAGAUAGACAUAAAAAUUAAAUUAUUAGCCUAAGCUUUAAUUAAUUAGAAAAUAAAAUGGUUUCUUGUGGGUUAGAUAAUUAAAUAAUAAUUUGGUAAAAAUAUAAUCAAAAGGAAUGGUAAUUUGAGUAAAUUGUUACAUAAACAUUUCUAGAAUUAAAAUACAGAUUUUAAUUUAUAAAUAAUGAUUAAUUAAUUUGCGUGAAUGGUAAUUAAGUAAGUUAGGAUUCUAUAAGCAUAUUUGAAUCAAAUAAUGGAAUAUAUAAAGAAAACUUGAAUAAGUAAGUAUAAUUGAUUAAAAAUGACAAAUUUUGUGAUCUGGCUUUUUUUCCUAUCUUUUAUCACAAAGAAAAGAAUUUGAUAAUUAUAAAGCACAAGUAGCAUGUAUAUUUAAUAAAAACAACAAACGAAGGCUAAUUAAAAAUAAUUACAUCAAUAUAAUUUUAAUCAAAUGAAAUUUAUGGAGCAUUAACUAAUGAUGGAAAAUAUUUGGUUACUUGGAAUAAGAUGUUCCAGAAAUAUGAUUCAUAUGAAAUAUAAAUUAGUUGA